AAUUACAUAAAGUAUUUGCUAAGUAAUUACCUCUUCAAAAUUGCGUUUUGUCAAUUAAACGCUCAGACGGCAAAAAGAACGACAUUCGCUGCGCUUGUCAUCGUGGGCUUCGCGAGGCUCGCAAACCCCAUACGUCACGCAGCUGUAAUUUAACAGUGACAAAGUCCAGAGCUAAUUGUCAAAUCUUCGUGAGUGCACCGUAUGGUUCGUUUGGAGUCGUCGUGUUUGUUUCUUGUUGCUUUCUAUUGACCUGUCAUGGCGUUUGUCAUUAGACAGGGUGAAAAUGUCAGUUGGUGCAGUCGUGGGUAUUGUGUCUGUUUUGGAUAAGUGAAACUAUUGACGGGAAAAACUUUGAAAACGCGCGGUACAAACAAGUGGAGCGAUGGUGUCAAUCAUUAAGAAUCAGCUCUUGAAGCAUUUGUCACGUUAUACAAAAAACUUAUCGCCCGACAAAAUAAACCUAAGUACGUUCCGUGGAGAGGGCGACCUGUCCAAUUUGCAAUUAGAUGAAAAUGUACUGACUGAAUUACUAGAACUUCCGUCAUGGCUUCGAUUAACGUCAGCUUGGUGCAAUCAUGUUUCGUUCCGAAUCAGUUGGACCAAGCUGAAAAGUGUUCCGAUUACUUUGCUUCUAGACGAAGUUAAUAUAACAGUAGAAACAUGUGAAAGAGCACGGGUUGAAACGCCUGGAGUUGCUGGGUUGCAAGGACUAAGUGUGCCACAAGGAAAAUAUAGUUUCAUACAUAAAGUCAUUGAUGGAAUCACAGUAGUAGUGAAUACGGUGAACGUUAAAUUUAAAAGUCCUGCAUUUACAGCUUCGAUUCAGAUGUCUCGUAUUCGUGUUGAGUCAAAAACGCCAAAAUGGAUGAACGGAGAUUUACGAAUGACUCGUUUAAAAGAUGCGCAACGCGGAUUAAUUUUGAUAUUCAAAGAGCUUUCCUGGCAAACUGUUCGUAUUGAAGCAAGUUCCACACAGGAUACUUCACUAACUCCUUUAAGACUGUUAACCAAUCAAGCCCGAUGUAGAAUUACGAUAAGGAAAAAGUUGUCCGAUUGCAGUGUUUUAGCGUCACGACUAGUAUUAAUUCUGGAUGAUCUGCUAUGGGUGUUGACGGAUUCACAACUAAAGGCAGCUUUACACUUCGUGGAUUCUCUCUAUGACUUAAUCAAAACAUCAACUCAUGUCUCUCAGAAGACGAAAGCUCAGAAAAAGUUAGAGACUCUUCCAGAAUAUCAGGCACAAAUAGCUCAACAACAUCGGCAGUCACAUCAAACGGCUGUCUCCUCAUCACAAAAAAUGUUCAACACAUUUGACGUUCACGAAACAUCCUACCAUUUUUUCAGUCAGCGAAUCGAUCUACAUUUAUGUGACGAUGAAGGAGAAGGGCGUUCAUGCUACCCUGAACUGGCUGAUGGUGGAGCAUUGCAAAUAUCUGUUCAAGGAUUCCAAGUGGAUUACUAUCCAUAUCAUUUGGCGAAGUCUGAUCGAACACAUUGGGCGAAAUAUAAAGAAGCGACUGUGCCUCCAGCGCUUUGGUUGGAACAAUCGUUAAAUGUAUUCCGCGAAGCUGUCCUUAACUUAUGUCAACCGAAUCGUCCUUCGUCACACGCACCACUGGAACGAACAACACCUCUUUCUCCUCAGCAACCUCUGUCCCCUUCGCAAUUGCUGCAAAGUCAAGCAUCGCAGUCGGGCGCAUCUACUCCAUCCAAUGGUGUUUCUUCAUCAGCUUCCAAUGCCAAUAAAAAUGUGCUAGCAAAUUUGGCGAAAUUGAUGAGUGCUUGCGCCGUUUUGCGAAUUGAAGAUUUUACUUUGUACAGAGUGACUACCUCAGGGAAAAAGCAAAUGCCAAAGGAAUUUAUAGCAGCAAAACAGAAAAGGAAAAGUAAAUCAGGCGACAAAGAUCGAUAUUCAUUUCCUCCCGAAAUGCCGAUUAUUCAUGCAGAAUUCACUUAUUUUUAUUACCCAGGAGAUUUUAUUUUUCCUCUACCUCCGUCCAAAGUAUUCGUUUAUGCGAAUCCAGUGCAAAUAAAUUUCGAUCUUAGCAGCGUUAUAUGGUUCAACUCCUUUGCUUUGAACUUACAUGAAAGUCUUCUCCGUACAAGCGUUGUAACGAAAACAAAUUCAGCUGUUCCAUCAAAAUCAUCAUCAUUAGCUUCGUCGUCAUCAGUUUCGGAAGAACCGAGUCUGCUGUAUAUGGAUGUUAAGGUGGAAGCUAUUAUGCCGCGAAUUAUUAUCGAAAGUUCUGUGGACGUUUCAAAUCAACGCGAUAGGCCGAGGACAAUGCAAAUUCAAAUUUCUCGUUUUACGACGACGAAUAUUCGUGAAAUGGGCUCUUCAAGAGCUGAUUUGGCGCAGGCAUUGCAGUCUUUGCAAGAAGGAAGUUUAGUGUUUGGUUCGGGCUUUCCGAGUGCAUGUGGUGAUAUGUGUAUUGUGACUGAUCGAAUUCUUUCACAUGUCGCAGCGAGCGAUGUUACGCCAAUGUCACAAGAUGAUCUUACAAUAAGCAGUUUUUCACGAUAUGCUAUGUGGGCGGAACCGAGGGACGUGUGGUGCAUGAAAUUAGAUCCUGUGUGGAUUGAGUUUUUGGGUGCGAAAUCAUUAGGACAGGGCAAGACCAUCCCAUUUGUCGAUGCCGUGCCUAUAACACUUUGGAUUCAUGGCAAACCAGAAACUGUAAGGACUGAGUCCAUAUGAAUAGGCUUAAUACUUUAUUUUCUCUCCUGACAGGUAAGAAACCAAUCUACAAACCCUUUUGCUGAUUUAGGAGAUGUUCCUAACGCUACGCUCGCUGGUGUUGUACGUCCUGAAUACUCGCCUCAAAUUUCUCUAGACUAUCACCAUAAAACAGUGGCAAAAGAAGAUGAAAACGUGGCAGACUUGCAUGCGAUUGCCCAUGUGUCGAAUUUGGUUAGCGUUCAAAUUGACCAUUAUCAAUUCUUGUUUCUACUACGGUUGGCUGAAGAAAUGACUGAAUUAACUACAUUUUUAUCAUUGGAUUCACAAAGGAUCUUGCAGAAGCAAGACGUGAAUAAAUCAAUUAUAUUCGGUUGUGUUAUACCACAAGUCGAGGUAACUUUGGUGAUGCCGUCCCAAACACCUGGUAAGGAAUCAAGUGGUGGUGAUGCUGAAAGUGUCUUACCUGACUCGGCUAGUUUGGGUGAUGAUUUACACAUGAAUAGUGCGAAUACAACAUGGCAAACACCGCUAUCUUUAGAUCAAGUGAAGCAAGGAAACAAUUAUGGUAGUGUUGAGAGUCCAUCUCCUAUAACCAAUGAACCACCGUCAUCAUUAGAAGUUGCUCAUGUUUCCAAUCCAAAUACUCACGGGUAUAAUGUACAAAUUCAAAAUAGUCCAGUUCAAAACCAAAAACCGGAGCCUCAAGGUGUAUCAUCCACUUCGAAGGGUACCCGAAAUCGGAACUCCCUUACGGAUACAAAUUUUUCGAAAGAAUUGAAUUCAGGGUUAUUGUCUAUGAAAAAAGGAUUCUCUAACUUCAUGACAUCAAUUGAUUCUGCUCUAAAGCAAGGAGGACCUGAUGACGCCAGUGACACAUUUUCCGUUUAUAGUGAUGUGAGCUCGGAUUCUGAAAGCUUUACUAUUAUAAUGGGUGAGGAUAAACCGGCAGAUUGUAUGGAUGUUAUGUUCAGGUUAAAUCCUUUCACAAAUGACGUAAACUUAAAAGUUUCGCCUGUGGAAGUUGCCAGCGAAGUUUGCGAAGAGCCGAACAUAAAGACAAACAUGUCGUCGCCAUCAGAACCUUCAGAAGGAAGUAGCUGGCGUCGGCGAGAUUUGGUGUCAAUGGCAACAUUUAGAUUAACAACAGUAGAAGUGAUAAAGGAGAACAAGGGAUACUCAUCUUCUAUCCGGCUACAAGUAUCGGCACUAUCAUGUGAUGAAUGUGGUGCUAUACCCUGGGAUGAGUUACAGAUGAAAUUUGGGGCAAGAUGUCGAGCGUGGAAUAUUGCUGCUUACAAUCCAGAGGCUUCUCCCUGCAUUCAAAUGCGUCUUGAAGAAGUUCUUACGCCUCCAGAUAACAUAGGUCCAGUGAAAGAUAAAAAUAUAUUUAAAAGUUGGUUUUCCAAUCAUGCUGAUAUCCGCGUGAAAGACUUAAGUAUGGAUUUAUCGAUGAGCACAGUGAUUGGGCUAGGAGACUUAGUUGAAGAUGAAAUUAUAACGAAACCUUUGCCGCUUAACAUUCUUUUGGAUAAUGUCAAAAUAAAUCUGAUCGAAGACAGACCACCGGUUAAUAUAACGUCUCCUGGUCCGGUGCCGAUUAAUUUAGCUAUCGGUAAAAUGAAAUUGAUUCGUGAUGAAUCGGGAAUCAUCCAUAUACAACCAGAAAAAUCACCAAGUGAAAAUUCCACCGCAGAUAAAACACCAAAUUCCUUGCAAAAAGAAAAGGAACGUGAUAGAGAAUUGUUAUCUUUACAGUUGGUGAUGCAGCAGCUUAAAUUAGAUAACGAAAACUACAAGAAACAAUUAACGAGCGCACGUGAAAGUUUAGAGUGCAAUAGACUGAAAGCAAGGCAGGAGAACGAAUUGUUACGAGCAAAUUUGAAAGCAGCUCAAGAUGAGAGAAAUAUGCUACUAGAAACGGUUAAAUCCUUGCAGCAACAGAUCAACGCCGCGGAAAUAAUCAAGAAAAGUGACGGCAAUAGAUAGCACAAUUGUAUGGAUUGCAUACAGUGCUGCGGCGAGAAUAACAACAGUUAGUUGAUUUGAGCGACUCCAGUUUUAAACGACUAAUGUAAUUCCUUAUGUUAUGUAUGCGCCACUCCAUAAUUUCUAUGGUGACUACUUUCUAUCUUUAUGUGGUUGAUAAUGUGAUAUUUGUAACCGGUAGCGGCGUUGGAAAUUUAUUUACAGAUUUAUGACUUCGUUAAGCGGAAAAUAUUUUGUAUCGAUUAUAUUGUUUAUAUGUCAAUGUUUUUGAUGGAUUUAAAUUGUUCCCCAUUUUGAAUACUUUUACAUGUUUGCAUGGAUAUACGUAAUUUUCAUAAUUUUAUGUAGCUCCUGCCAUGCUUAUAAAGAUGAGAACAUUUAAAAUUUAAAAAUUUGCGAAAUUAUCAAAAUUUUCUUUUGACGCAAUUAUCCCCACUACAAAUUACUAAGUUUAUGGAAAUAUGGAAGCAAACUGCAUACAGACUAACGCAUUCAAUUUGAAUGGACGAGCCAAAUGAAUUUCUAAGUUCAGUUCCUAGUUUUACACUUGUAAGCAACAUAUGCUCUUGGUUUAGGCUUCUUAGAAAAUUGAAAAUAAGUCAAUUAUCGCUCAACGCUGGUCUCUACAACUUUAUGUGGUAAGUUCCUGAUUAUUUCGGUAACUCAUUUACAUUAUUCACAUCAUGAGCUUAUUUCCUGCAGAGAUUAAUAUAGAAUUUCUGUUGCGACAUGGCUUUAUGGCCAAUUUUGUGAGAGAAUCAACUACAGUAAGCAAAGCACCAUUGACAAAAGGAGGCGCUUCUGAAUUAUUAGUAGAAGUUCAUCGAUUGUGCAAUAUAUUUGCUGAAAACAUGAUGUACGCGGACAAUGGAAGAUAAGAAUAAUUAGCUUUUACAUUCCAUCAUUUCUCAGAAAUGCUUGUUGCAAAUCUGAGUUGUAAUGAGGGGAUAGGAUUCCUUCUCUUUGUUGGGUUGAAAAGUCUUGGCUUGCAGAAUCGGUUCAUUAUCGGCAUCCUUACAAACAAUAAUAAAUCCUAUUUAUUAUCGAUAGCAGCCGUUAGGGCCAAGGGCUGCAUAACACCGUACCAUACUCGCUUCAUAUCAAACGCCACAAUUUGUUCCACAUCGGUUUGAAGAGAUCUACUUUUAUUCAAAAUCAAAUUCAUCAAUAUUUGGUGCUGAAAUUCUGAUUUAUGCAUAAUUGUUUGGAAACGAAUUUAAUACAAAUAUGACUGAGAUUUUCAAAAGAGCAAAAUGUAGAGUAUAAACCUAUAUAGAUGUAUGUGAGAUAUUUUUCAUUCAAGUUUCGAUCCUUAGAAUAUUCAAAUAUCUGCCUCUUUGCAGUUUCCGUUUACAAUUGUAAAUAAGUUUGGUGUAUUUGAUGUUGCAGUGCAAUGAUUGAAUAAUGAUGUAAAUGGAGAAAUCAAAAUAUGAAAAAGUAUUUAAAAUGUAUUAUAUGGGCCAUAUUUCUUAUAGUAUAUCGUAAUAUAUUUGUUAAAAUGUGAUUAAGUUCCUUAGAUAGGCACAAAUGUUAGCGUAUUGAAAGAAGAUUGGAAAUGUGAAAGGAAAUGAUAUAAAAUAUAAAUUUAAACCGCCUAAUAAAAUGAUCCAAUGUAUUUUCAA